CCGUUUACAGUGCACAGUUGGAUUUGUUUUGGUUUAUGCAGACUGCGCUUUGUCACAGGGAGCCAAGGUCCACCGCGGUGCUUCAACCUGGCUGUUACACAAAUUUGAGUCAUUGCCAAACCCCUGAUCAACUCCUCCUCUGACCUCCGUGUUUCGCCACCUCCGUUCAGGGCCGUCUCCUGCAUUGUAGCUCUGUUAUCGGACCCCAGAAGCUGGCCUGCUAGUUAGCAAACACGCUAACGAUUGCCAGAUUUCACCCAUGUCCUCUGAAGAAGGCUUGAGCUCAACGAUCACGGAUUGGCUUUUCAUCAAUUCCUGGUGGCUCCUUCUGCCAUUCAUCAUGCUUCUCGUAGUUGCUGCCUUCAUUGUUGCCUUCGUGCUACUGUUAUACAUGAUAUCGCCUCUUAUUAGUCCCAAACCUCUGAAACUGAAUGGGGCCCACGUCGUGGUGACAGGAGGUUCAAGUGGGAUUGGGAAAAGCAUUGCAGUUGAGUGCUACAGGCAAGGUGCCUUCAUCACUUUGGUGGCACGAGAUGAGGCUAAAUUGCUUCAAGCAAAGAAGGAGGUGGAGAAGUUUGCCAUCAAUGACAAACAGGUGGUGCUCUGCAUAUCGGUGGAUGUUUCCAGUGAUUAUAGUCAGGUGGAAAGUGUGAUAAAACAGGCUCAAGAGAAGCUGGGGCCUGUUGAUAUGUUGGUGAACUGUGCUGGGUCGUCCAUUUCUGGAAAGUUUGAGGAAGUGGAAGUGGACCGUUUUAAAAAACUGAUGGAGGUAAACUACCUGGGCAGCGUUUACCCGACACGGGCUGUCAUAACCACCAUGAAGGAGCGAAGAAUGGGCCGCAUCAUGUUCGUGUCCUCCCAGGCGGGCCAGAUCGGCCUGUUUGGAUACACUGCCUACUCCCCAUCCAAGUUUGCUCUGCGUGGCUUAGCAGAGUCACUGCAGAUGGAGAUAAAGCCAUACAAUAUCUAUGUGACUGUGGCCUACCCUCCUGACACUGAAACUCCAGGAUUGGCUGAGGAAAAUAAGACAAAGCCUCUAGAGACCAGAUUAAUCUCUGAAACUUCUGGAGUUUAUCAACCUGACCAAGUGGCCAAAAUCAUUGUUCGGGAUGCAGUGCAGGGGAACUUCAACAGCUCAGUGGGACCCGAUGGUUACAUGCUAUCAGCCCUCACCUGUGGAAUGUCACCUGUUACCUCCAUCACAGAAGGUCUCCAGCAGAUUGUUACCAUGGGAUUAUUUCGGACCAUCGCCCUCUUCUACCUGGGAAGUUUCGACAGCAUUGUGCGCCGCUGCAUGAUUCAGAGGGAGCAGUCAAAAGCAGCUGACAAGAGGGAGUAACUGGAGCCUUGCCGUCUUCCCAGCCCACUGCCCCUCCUCCUCCUCCUUCUCCUCCUCCUCCACACCCCCCAUCCCAUCCCAUCCUCUCCCAUCCUCUCCUCCAGCUGUACAAGUGCACAAACAUAGGUGGGAAAAUAGGCCAAGCUUUGAGUGCAUUUUUUAUAUCAACACAUGAGAUAAAAGAAAGUGACAGAUGUUUACUAUUUGCUUGUCUGGUUAUGUAACGCCUCUGUAGGCUUCACAGUCAUUUUGAUUUUUUUAUCCUCUCAGAGCAUUCCAGUGACUUUUCAGUUUAAUGUGUCCACCUGCUUCUUUUUGUGAGAGCGGCCUUACUUUAAGUUAAUGGGGGCAGACUAAACAUCCCACAGCCUGGUUUUAAAGUAGGUAGGCUUUGCGAACCACUGGCCUCCUUGCCUCCACUUGCACAGUGUUGAUUUUUUUCCGCACAGAGAGAAAAAGCAACAGAUAGCCUGUCUGACCGGUUGUGCCAAAUAUGGCUUGAAAUUCCCUCCCACCAGGGGCUAUAGAGAAAACCAGAAUAGUUACUUUCACCUUUUGUCAUUUUGUUUCAUGUAUUACAAAGGUAGGUCCACCUGGUAGGAAUUUCACAGUGUCACUAAAUAAGACCCUUAUUCUCUACCUUUUCAUACCACAGGUAUUUGCAGGCAAAGCACCUUCCUUUUUAAGUGAACAUCCUCUGUGUUUGAAAACAGUUGUGACCCUGUGUUUUGUUUAUGUUGUGGGUUGUGUUGUUUUUGUGCUUUGUGUGUGAACCAAGCCUAGCUGUGAGAUUUUUCAGUGAUAUCAGAGAGAGAGAGAGGGAAAAAAGAGAGCAUGUGUGGUGUUGUUUUUUAAAAAUGUUACUAAUGCAAAAAUAUAAUUUCAACAUUUUAGACGCAGUGUUGGGCAGAACUGUGUGCAUGAGUGUGUGUGUGUUUUGUGUUUGCUGUGACUGAGCCAAACCCCUGGGGAGAGAAAAGCCAUUAGAUUUUUAUCGUCUCGGGAAUAAACACACCAAAUUAUUUUCUCGGCAUCUCAUCUUAUUUCAUUAAGAAAGGGAAGCAGGUACUAUGUGUUGAAGCCAUUAAAAUAAAAUAAAAAAUAGACGGGGAAAAUGAUACCAGCACAGGUAAUUUAACUUUUCACCUGUGAAUAUGACCAAGUUCCGUACACCUUUUUUCAUUAAAUGUGUGAACGGAAGCGUAUAAUUUUUACAUGCAGUUUAAUGUGUCAGUGCACAUAUUCAGCCACCCCAGCCAGUCAAGAUCCAAGUGGGAUCCAUAAUUUGUUGGGGCGGUGUAAGUCAGGGCAGGGCAAGACUUGCUGGUCGAGUCAUGUCCCUGUAGGUCUUGUGAGGGCGCUAGAGAUUUGUUUUACAUAAAAGGCCAAAAUAGUAGAGGGACAAGCAUGAAAGUGUGAUCCAUUCCUUCUGAUUUUGACCUGUGGUCACCCUGUCAUGCACAGUUGGGACUUUCCAGGUCCCUAAAUGACAACAUUGAUUCCCUCCUUUAAAAAAAAUCUUGUAUUUACCACAUGUUUUUUCCAUAUGUUUUGCGUACUGAGGGAGAGAAAGUACAGUGUCGACUCUUGCAAGUCUUCCUUUGGUCCAUCACAAACGGGGAGAAUGUACUUUAAUACAAAGCAUACAAAUCAGAACAUAUUAUUUUUUAAAUACACCAAUAUUUGAAUGCCAAAAUGUGUUAAGACAAUUUCUGUAGAUGCAAUGCAUUUAUCUGAGAUUUAUUUCGAUGUUGCUGCUCUAUUGAUGUUAGUUUAUUGAAGCUGUGGAGCAGUGUGGGGACCCAUUCUAAGCCUUAAGAUGUCACUACUGAUGAAGCUAAAGCUAUAAGAAUGGACCUGUCCACAGAACAAUGUGGCUUAACCCACAUGUGGUUUACCAGUUCAUUUGAUGCUUAAUCUUUAAUACGUUUCAGUGUAAAAUGCCAACUGCUUUUGUGUAUUUUGUCAAUUUCCAGUCUUUGUACGACAAAAAGAAGCCUUACAGAAAUCCGAGUUAUGAAAGUGAGAAUGGAUGACUCAUGUUUGAUGAUGUUCUCAUUUGAAAUUGGUGAAAGGCACACUGUCCUGCACUCAAUAGCUUUUCAUAAUUGUACAUGUAUUGCUUUCAAAGGUUGUCUUUUAAAUUGAGGUAGCAACACUGGCUAGUUGAUAGAACAUGUAGCCCAUACACAAGCAGUUUUCUUUUGAACCUUUAAGCUAUGCAAACGAAGCCUAUGCUUACAAUAUGUUGGAACAUACAGUCAAGAUCUAAGUUCUGUAACAGUCACGCUAGUUUCCCUUAUUUAAUUGUCUAUUCAGCAGAUACUUAAUGAGUUAAGUAUUGAACAUGAAAGUCAGAAUGCACUCUUGUUUCAUUCUUCUUUCUUGCUUUUUACUUUUUU